AUGGCUGUCUCAGUACUCCGGUUGACAAUUUUCCUGGGCCUCCUUAUCUUAAUCCUGACCUGCCAAGCAGAUGACAAACCAGAUGGCAAGCCAGAUGAUAAGCCAGCUGACUCAGACAACAACACAGACAAUUUUCCAAAAUUUCUGCACACCCUGGGCACAGAGAUCAUUGACAAUGCAGUCGAAUUCAUCCUCCACUCCAUGUCAGGGGGCAAGUAA